AUGAAAUCCAUCAAAACAAAACUAGUUACAAAUACUUCUUAGAUAGAAACAACGAUUAACAAUCAUAGUAUUUCUUCUCGUAAAAUUCCAAAAUUACCAUAUUUGAAUACGAAACAUAAUUAAGUUCUAUCUUCUUCAAGAAAACUUGUUUUAGAGGAGAAUGGAGUUCUGAUUUAAUUGAACACUUUAAAAAAGGAAUUGAUAAAAUGCAUAUACGAAAGAUAAUUGGAUGAAGCUUUAGAGAGUAAUUGAUUAAUCCAAUACAAUAGUAACAAAAAAAUUGGUAUAACAAUGUAUUGGUUAUGAUCUGACUAUUUUUGGCAAAUCAUUACAUUUAUUAGCAGACAUGUAUAUAUCAAAUAGAGAGUUUAAUAAUGGUUUAUACAUAUAUAAUGUUUUACGUAUUCUGGCAGAUAUUUAAAAUAAUCAAACAUUAAAAAUUGAAGCACUCAUAUAAAUGGGAGAUCUGUGUAAAUUACAACAAUCAUAUCAUUUAAGCAAAUUAUAUCUUAAAAAGGCUUUACAAUAUGUCUGGUAUUUAAAUGAUACAGAAAAUGAAGCUACAAUUUAUGAUUAUUUUGGAGUACUCUAUUAUGUACAAGGUGAAUUAAGAUUGGCUUAAGAAUAUCAUGAUAGAGCAAUGAAUUUUAUUAAGGAAUCAAAUGAUAGUGCAGCUAAAAAUCAUUCUGUUGAAUCAAUUAAGACAUAUAUUAAGAAAAUCAAUUAUUAAUCAUAAGUUAUGAAUAACAUGGUUUUAUCAAAAUUAGGUUUAAUAUAAGGAAAUGAAACAGAAAUUAAAUUAACAACUUAAUUAGAUAUUGGAACAUUAAACAAUUAAAUAUUAUCUGAUCCUGAAUUUUAAGUAGAAGUAGCAACUCCUAAUAGACCACAAAGAUGUGUAACAAAAAAUGGAGUACUUUAAAAUGAUGUUGAUAUGUUUGAUAAUGUAAAAGAAUUGCAUGAAAGAUAACUCAAAAGAAAAUUCUUUGAAAAAAAGAUACCUGUUAUGAAUUAAACUAAAUCUAUUCUGAAAUAAACAAUAGAUGAAUAAUUAGAAUAAAGAAUGAAAUCAGAUUAAAAUAAGAAUGUAUUCUCAUUAAUUCAUAAUCUAGUCAGUUGAAAGAUUCAAACAAUAUUUAUAGAAGUUUCAUACAUUCAAGAACUAUCCUGAGAAAUUAGAGAGAGUUAAUAUCAACCAUCUCUCUCCAAAUAGAAACCUACUUGGAUUCAAGUACAGUUUUAAACCUAUGCGUCAUCAAUUACUAGAGUUAAUUAGUGA